CCGUCGCUACCCCUGGUAACAAUUGAGUAUACAAUGCUAUAUUCGCGAGGGUGGUGAUGGUAGUGGUAAAAGUUGCGCGAGAUCGCGCCACCAACGGUCGCCAAUGAAAAUACCGCUUUCAAGAAAUUUUGACAGCGACAUAAAAAAUAAACCGUUAACUAUUGAAUAAUAAAACUAUCGAGUUUUGCUUAAAGAAAAGUGAUUUUGAUCGCGCUGGUUUCUAUGUGUACAUUUUAUCCGUUGCUACCACCUGCCACAUCGCCACGGACACCUGCGUAUCCCUGUCAAGCGAAGGGACAUGGCGCCCUCGCGACUGCCCAAACAAAUAAAUUAAUGCAAGGAUGUCAAGUGUAAAGGGUGCGAUCAAGAAGACGGCCACCGAUGCGAAAAGGGAUGGAACUCCGUUAAAGGUAAAACCUCGGGUGGCGAGUAAAGAUAAUACCGAUGAAAAAGUGGAGAAGAAAAAGAGAGAGCAGCUGCAAACCGCUGCGUCCGGCGAUAAGAACAUCAACAGAACAGCCACCAGCAGUUCGUUGAGCAACAAAAGUAUUCUACCGGAUAAGAAUCCAAUGAAACUAAGGCAACUGAAGCAAAAUGGUUUGCUGUUAUCGUCGAAAUCAAGCUUGGAUGAACCUUCAACGAAGACUGUUACUGGGCUUAAGAAACCAAAGAAACCUGCUGCAAGUGAUGCCACAAAGACGAGUUCAGUUGAAAAAACGAAGAUCACCGUGCGGAAAAGUACGAAGGACAAAGUUCAAGCGCAAUACAGCGAGAAAAGAGGCGAGAGUACGCUUUACGUACCCAAGAGUACUGCGAGUAAAUUGAAUUCGAAACCGUCGACGGAUAAAGAUUCCACGAGGAAGAGUACUGAGAAAAUUAAGAAUUCAAAAACUGUCGAAAUUGCAGUAAAGUCUAAAAGUUCUGAUAAACCACUGCCAAGAAAAGCUUCGAGAGAACGAAGAAAAUCAAGGACACUGAGUCCCAGUGAAGUCAAAGUUUUACAUUCGACGAAACAAAGAGGUACAGUGAAAUCACGAAAACGUGGCGAGGAAAUUGUUGCGAAUGAAGUUGUUGCAAAGCUUGAGGAUGAAAUGUCUGUAGAAGUUGAGGAGGAAUUUCCUGCGGAAGUCGAAGAUGAAUCUACUGCUGAUAGUGAGGAUGAAGCUUCUGCUGCUGCUGCGAUUGGAGUUGAAGAUCAAUCGAAGCUUGACGACGAUGGCGAAAUGUACAUUUACGAAGAAGACUUCGAGGAAUACGAGUCGGAUUUUGAAUCUUAUAGCGGAACGCCAAUCGGCGAAGUAUCAGACAACAACAGUAUUCUUAGUAUCGAUCUAGAAUCCAUUAUACUACACAGUAGUGAUCAGAAGCCAAAAACGGUGAACGGUGCCGAAGUACGAAGAACCGAAGAAGAAAAUAUGUUGGAUUCGGGUCACUACGAAUUAACUGAAGCGAGAAAACGAGCAGCUUUGGUUGAAUCAUUGAUGUCUGUACAAUUGCAAUCACCGUCAAUACAAUCGAAACCCAGACAGGCGAAAAAUCAACCUUACCGGCAAGAGAAGCAUUUAGAAACUAAAUCUCUACCAUCGUCAACGGAUGAAGGUUUUGAAGAUGCUGGAUCAGGUGAUUUUGUCAAAUCCCCACCGCUGUCUCAAAUUUCUUUGUCGAAUCAGGAGAAACCAAAGCAGAAGGAAGUCAAGAAGGAAACACCAAAGAAAGCUCUUACAAGAGGCCAAAUUCUAAUGAGUAUGAUCAAAUUGGACAGUGUUGGAUGGUCGCUGUACGAAUCUCAGCCGAUAUCUUAUGACGAAUAUAUAAGAAGCUAUGGAAAAUUGAAUGCUCAACAGGCAUCGACACAAACGAACGAAGAUAAUGUCGACGUGGAAAUUCAAACGGACACAAGCGAACUAGAGAACAAGUGGACGCAAUUUCCCGUCAAGUGUAGGCGUAAUUUGAAGUCAAACGAGGACGUGAAGCUCUUUAAAAUUGAACACACAGGUGUUGGUGGCGACAACACCGAGAAUAUUCAAACAACCAAUCCAAUCUACGACGUGCUGAGACUCAAUGAAUUUUUUAACAGAGCUGGCAAGGUUAUGCUAGCACUGUUGGAAGAGAAAGAGUACGGUGGAAAUAUUUUGCAAAAUGAGACACGUGAUUUUCCAUUUAGCGAGGGUUUUAUUAAACUUUCCGUCAAUUCUCUAUCAUUUUUGGCUGACAGACAAGUCGUUAUGUUACACUACUCCGAGGUAAACAAUAAGAUUCUUGUUAGCGUUCACGCCGCUUCUAUGAAAGAGGAUACGGAAACUUUGAAUAAGCAAGAUUACAUAAUGGAAUGUUGUAUUGGUUGUGUGUGGAAUGUCAAUGAACCGUCAAGGCCAACAAAACUAUUCUACUCGCAGAAUUCCAUAACAGCUUUUUGCUUCCACUGUACAAAUAAUAAUAUUAUAUUUGCUGGCCUUCAAGAUGGCUCGAUCUGCGUAUGGGAUUUGCGAGAAGACGAAACGCAUCAUCAAAAGAUAAUCGAUAAAGUCAACGAAGUGGAAUGUGUAGUACGAAGUCCAACAUACACAACUGCGGGAAAUUGGGAAAUCGAAUGUCACUUAUGCCCAGUGAUAGCAAUUCGAAUCUUGUCGAAAGUCGAUCAGGAGGAUACCGAAAGUCUAAAUGACAAAUUCGUAUCGAUUCAGAUCUGCAGUUUGGACGAUGAAGGACAUUUAAUUAUUUGGAGUGUGCUGCGUAAUUUGAGUGUAAAUUUGGAUGAUCUUGGCUUGACACCGUGGGGUAAAGUGAAACUUGUCAAAAGUCAAGAAGUACCUUUGUUCUUCAAAGUGAAUGAGGCGAAGAGAGAAUUUGUCGAUAUGCAAGUCGACAGUGCUGACAGCAAUAAUUUGUAUUUAGCUACAAAUAACACCGAGAUUUUACAUGCGAAUAGUAUCGGGGGGAAAAGUAAUAAGUCUUGUUAUAGAAUCAAUCAAAUGGAUUCUUGCGGCAGUACCACGUGCAUCGAAGUAUGUCCAUUCAAAGAAUCAUAUUUUCUCGCCGGUUGUAAGGAUGGAAGCGUCAGAUUGCAUACGUCUAAUAUAGAAACAGCACUGCUUACAUUAAAGAACGGAAGAGAUUCUGUCGGAGUGAGAAAUAUUCAGUGGUCGAAGUCGAAGCCAAUGCUAAUUUAUGUCCUCGACGAGUAUUCUCGUAUCGUUGUGUGGAAUUUAAGCAGCGACGAUGUCGAUCCAACUCACGCGGUUUCAACGAAAAGUUGGGACAACGUCAGGUGUAUCAAACUGUCGCCUUGCAACACGAAUCGCGAUAUGCAGAAUCAGUACUUGGCACUUGGAACCGAUCGUGGAAACGUGGAGGUGCACAAAUUGAAGAAAAACUUUCAUUACUCGCAACAGGAUGACUUCUUGCAGGAUAUAAACAAGUUCUUGGAAUACGUAUCAGUUUUAUAAUUAUACUUUAUCUUUCAGUUAAUUAACGAUCUCUCGUUUGAAUUUCAAAGAUCUCAAGACUGUGAACUGUAUUUUCUUUUUAACGAUCGAAAUAUUUAAACCACACGCAAGUUAAUAACUUCUUUAGAUUGUAAGUUUUCAGACCAUCGAAAGUGAAAAAAGUGCAGUACCAUCGAUAACUCAAUCGUAGACUAUUUGGUUUUGUAGCAGGGCUAAAAGUCACACUGAAAUGCCUUAUUUUACUGAAUAACUAGAUUGUAGUACAACCUGUCCAUCGCGACUACAAAUUGUUCAUAAUGUAUGUAUUUUAAAUAUGUGUUUUAUUAUAAUUACUACGCACCUAUACUAAUCAAUAAAAGUAGCGCAGAUAGUCAAAUAAUAACUAAGCUGGGCUUAUGAUUUGUGUAACGCUUAAAAUAUUGAACUAAUGCUAUUAAUUAUCAACAAAUAUUGGAAAUUCAAUUAACAGCAGAUUUUCAGCAAAAGCCACAUAUGUGCAACGUUGAAUGUUGUUGAGCUUUCAAAUAUCGCCGUAGAUAAACGGCUUCCUAAUCGUCCGGCCAAAAUCUACCUUAUCUACUGUUGCGAGAUGCCUUUUAUAUUUAACAUAUACAGAUUGAGACUAAAUAGACUAUAUAGCGGAAAAUUUAAAUUAUGACACGGUUGGUUAAUUUAUUAAACACAUUUUACAAAAGUUUUGUUAAUGGCAAAAACGUAUGGUUAAAAUUUGAAUGUAUUUAUAUUUUAUUUCAAAGUUAGGGAAGUAAACCCAAUUCUACAAUAAAUUUAAUACACUCACAUUUCUUAACAACAACGUUUCGCCGGUUUGGUUUCCGGCCUCUUCAGGUUUUUAUUCAGUCUAGAUAAUAUAAAUAUAAAAUUUUAAUUAUCAAACAUCAAUCAUAAAUACAAAUGUUGAAGUAACUACGCACCUUGAUAUUAGUCACAUUAUAAUACGACACGUCAUAUUUUUUACAAUAAAAGAGUUAGUAAAGUUAUUGGUCGAAGUCUGAAAUGUAUAAUUCAAUCGUAACUAUAA